AUGCCGCUGAAUAUCCCUGGCAUCCUAGCUCCUUUCCACCUCAUCAUCUUUCCUCGCUUAAUUGUGCCUGGCAUUGUCGUGAAGGACAUUCGCCAGCUAGACUUUCCAGCGUUGUACAAAGCGGGAUAUAGGGGCGCAGUGUUCGACAAGGAUAAUUGCUUGACAGUCCCUCAUGAAGACCGACUAGUCUCGGAGCUGAAGCAAGCCUGGCAAGAGUGUCGAGAUACUUUUGGACCCGGGAACGUGCUCGUUGUGAGCAACACAGCAGGAUCUCAUACAGACGUCGGCGAGAUCGAAGCAGAGUCCGUGACGCAUCACCUGUCCGUACCCGUUCUGCGACAUGCCUCUCUCAAGCCUUCAUACUCCUGCAUCAAGAACAUCCGGGCCUACUUUGCGUCUCUCCCUCAACCCAUACGAGACGACCAACUCGUCGUAGUCGGCGACCGACUGCUCACCGACAUGGUCAUGGCCAACCGGAUGUCGCGAAAACGGCCCGCCGUUGCCGCAGCAGAGGGCGAGAAGACACCUCUCAUGGAUGGGCAGGUGAGCGAAGAGUCACUAGUACACCCGGAGAGGGUGGGGCCGCUGGCAGUCUGGACAGAAGGAUUAUGGAAACGCGAAGCGUUGGCGCUGCGGCUAUUGGAGAAGGGCAUGCUAAGGGGUGUGGAGAGGUGGCUGCUCAAGCCCCACGAAGUUACAUGGCGGGAAAAUGUGCAAUGCAGGUUCGUGAAGCCCUUGCCUGUCCCUGAGAAACCCGUGAAGGAAGGGUGGACAUCGAAACUCUGGGCGAGGUUCGCCGCAUGA